AUGGCAGCUACUGCCAGUACUACCUCUAUGUUCUUUAUUGUUUUCGCCAUCCUCGUUCUCUCUUGUUUCUGCCUUAUUGAGGCUCAGAAGGGUGGUUUUAGUGUUGAGUUGAUCCACCGUGACUCCCCGAAGUCUCCCUUGUACAAUCCCUUGGAAACUGCCUCCAAUCGCGUAGCCAAUGCCCUGCGUCGUUCCUUCGAUCGUGCACAUCGACUCAAGCCGAGUUCUAUCUCAACAAAGGCGGUAGACGCUGCUCUUAUUGCCGAUUCGGGCGAAUACCUGAUGAAUGUAUCCAUCGGCACCCCAGCUUUUAAUAUUGUUGCUAUUGCUGAUACUGGAAGUGAUCUUAUUUGGACUCAAUGCAAGCCUUGUUCAGAGUGUUUCCAGCAAGACGCUCCUCUUUUUGAUCCUAGCAAAUCAUCCACUUACCGAACCUUUUCUUGCAGUGCAAGCCAAUGUGAGAAUCUUGAUGGAACCUCUUGUUCUAGUAACAACACUUGCCGAUAUUCAGUCACUUAUGGUGAUAACUCUUUUUCAAAUGGUGAUGUUGCCGCUGAUACACUCACCUUACCCUCAACAACGGGUCGCCCCGUAGCUUUUCCGAAAACAAUCAUUGGAUGCGGGCACAACAAUGAUGGGACUUUCGAUGAGAAUACCUCAGGCAUCAUUGGCCUUGGAGGUGGUGAUGUUUCACUUAUUUCGCAAAUGGGGACUUCCAUAGCUGGCAAAUUCUCAUACUGCUUGUUGCCACUCUCCGACGCAGGAGAAUCAAACAAAAUGAACUUUGGCACUGAUGCUAUUGUUUCAGGCGCUGGGGUUGUUUCUACUCCAUUGACUAAAAAAUUCCCAUCCACUUUCUACUUCCUCACCCUGGAGGCAGUCAGUGUUGGGAGCAACAGAAUAAAGUUUACAGGUUCUUCUUUGGGAACAGAUGACGGUAACAUCAUCAUUGAUUCAGGCACUACAUUGACUCUCUUACCAGAAGAUUUUUACUCAAAAUUGGAAUCAGCCGUGGCUAGCCAGAUUAAUGCAAGAAGGGUUGAUGGUCCCCAAGGUUUGAGUUUAUGCUACGAUGCAACAACUGACUUCGCAGUUCCAAACAUUACAAUUCAUUUCACUAAUGCUGAUGUGAAGUUGGCUCCAUUGAACACCUUUGUCUUGGUUUCAGACACAGUUUCGUGCUUUACCUUCAGUUCUCUUCAGGAAUUUGCAAUCUAUGGUAACUUGGCACAGAUGAAUUUCUUGGUUGGCUAUGAUACUGAGAAGCAGACCGUCUCGUUUAAGCCCACCGAUUGCUCCAAGAAUUAG